GACCACAUUCUACUAUCUGGCAACGGUAUCUCAAAUUUCUGAAUCUGUCUUUUCGCUGUUUCUCGAGUUCGAUCAAGAUGGGUGGUGGAGUCACAGUCAAGGACGUCGACCAACAGUUGUUUGUAAAACAUCUUGCUGCUUUUUUAAAAAAGUCUGGCAAAUUGAAGGUUCCAGAAUGGGCAGAUCUUGUUAAAACUGCAGUAAGGAAGGAGCUUGCACCGGAAGACCCAGAUUGGUUCUAUAUAAGAUGUGCUUCUACCAUAAGACAUCUUUAUGUUCGUGGAGGUGUCGGAGUCAAAUCUUUCACAAAGAUCUUUGGAGGUCGUAAACGCAGGGGAACAAGACCUUCUCAUUUCAGCAGAGGAUCAGCUUCUGUCGCUCGUCGUGUUCUGCAAUCAUUAGAAGGAAUUAAAAUGAUUCAAAAGGAUGAUUUGGGCGGUCGGCGAGUCACACACCAAGGGCAGCGUGAUAUGGACAGAAUUGCUGGUCAAGUAGCCGCAAUAAAAUCUGAAUAAAAACAUCCCCUGAAAUAAAACUAAAAAUGUAAA